CUCCCGGAUUGCAGGUGGUUUUAGACAACGAUGGGUCCCGACUCUAUGGUUUUUAUAUUCGAGCUGAUAGCGUCAACCCUGUUGAUGUUUCUCACAGUUUACUUCAUAAUUUGUCUCUCCGAUUUGGAAUGUGACUACUUAAAUGCGUCAUCGUGUUGUAGAAAGCUAAACAAGUUGGUCGUACCUGAAGCUGCUGGUCACGUUUUUGCAACUCUAUUCUUGAUUAUUGGAUUUCAUUACUGGAUAAUAUUGUUAAACGUUCCUCUAAUAGUAUGGCAUUUCUAUUGUAUUUCUCAUAUUCCCAAGGGCAACACGGGAAGAUAUGAUCCGACAGAGAUUCACAACAGGAAUGUGUUGAGAAACUUCCAGAAAGAGGCGUUUGUCAAGCUUGCUUGGUACCUCAUCCUCUUCUUUGUCUAUCUAUACAGUAUGAUCUAUUCUUUGGUGAAGGGCGAGUAACCAGUGGAAUCGAGCGGCCAGUCUAUUUGAACAAUCUUGGUUGACAAUUGUUGGCAAUAAUUGCUGGUGCUAGGAUUGCAGCUGGCGCUGUUGUAUCUAUAACAUUAGGAACGAAUUAAGAGUUUCAAAUUAAA